AUGCCAACCGAAAAUCUGCCGUUCUCAAUAGUUGAACUGAAAGAUGGUGUCGUGUUAAUUCCAACAAAAUGGAUUUUUUCUCCAGACAACAAUAAUGAAUUUGUUUGUUAUUAUCCGCCAAUACAAAAUACCCUAAAAGUCAAUGCAAUGGUCUCGAAGUUGGUUGAUCCAGAAUUGACGUGGAAGCAAUAUACUGUUUUAAAAUACUUAAAGAAAACAAGCACUUUGGAGAAAGGAAAGGAGAAGUUAUUAGAGUCCUUGUUAUUGUCUGAAAUAGACAGUGAGAAUGCGGAAGAUUACGCAAAUAAUUAUAAAAGGUCCAGACAAAUUCGAGCAAAAGUGAAUUCAUUGGCGGAAAAUGACGAAGUAAAUGAAUAUAAAGCGAAGAAACAAAAAACCAUUGAAUCAACCCAACUACCAAAUCAAAAUGACACAGAUAAUAUUGGUGAAAUUUCAACAUGUCCUUCCCCUGAAACUAAGCGAAAACCAAAAAUAAGAGAAAUUAAAACAAUGCAAGAAAAAAUCCAACUUCCACUACCACCAUCAAAAAGACCUAGAAUUAAUAGUGAGGUUAAAAAUAUUUCAGAUGCAAGUGCGCAAACUCAACAAGCUUCGCCAACGUCGGUGACUGGAGAGAAAAGUAUCUAUGUUUCUUCAAAACAUGAAGUGAAAAAGAUCGAAAGCAUGGCAACUCCUAAUCGCCAAGGCCAAAACUCUGUUAUAAGUGAAGAAUUUCAACCAUCUGCGUCAACGAAUCACGAAAAAAGUAGUCAUGUUUACUCGAAGCGCUCAAAGGACGAAAGAGAUAGCGAAACAUUGGACGAUACUACUGAAAACUUCGAUCACAUAGAACAAAUUCCUGAUAGUGUCAAAGUUACCUUUCCGUCAGAAACAUCAGAAAAUAUCAAGAUUGCAGGAUCAAAGUGGUUAGCUCAAGCUAAAACCAGGUUCGACAGAGAAACAGCAAAGAGAAAUUCAAGAAUUAAUGAUUCAGAAGAAGACAAUAAUGAAAAUAAAACUCCUGAAGACGAUAUUGAUGAAAAUGAAGGCGACAGAGACGAUGCUGAUGACGAGGAAGAGAAUAUUUGA